AUGAUCGAACUUCGCGGCGCCAAGCUCGAGCUGGCGCAGAUGCUGCUGGUUGUUUUGCCCUCAUUCAUUCUGUUUGGCUACAAUCAAUCUGGCGUUGGUGGACUCCUCAGUAUUGAGAGCUGGGUCGAGACAUUUCCCCAAAUUGAUACGAUCCAUACUACCGGGAAGCAAAAGUCGGACAACAGCACCGUGCAGGGUGUAAUUGUUGCGACCUGCACACUGGGAGCGUUGUUUGGAUCUUUGGCUUGUUCGUGGAUCGGUGAUCCUCUCGGGCGGCGAAAAACCAUCUUCCUCGCUGCCAUCCUGACUUUCAUCGGCGAGGUUCUCGAGUGUACAAGCUUCCAUCUGGCGCAGUUCACCAUCGGACGGUUCAUCCUCGGCCUUGGUGUUGGAGCCCUAUCGACCACAGUCCCGGUAUGGCAGUCGGAAUGUUCAAGAGCGAAGAACAGAGGACAGCAUGUAGUCAUUGACGGACUUUUCAUCUGCGUGGGAUAUGUCCUGCAAGCUUGGAUCAACCUGGGCUUCUUUCAAAUCAAAACGGGUUCUCUAUCAUGGAGAUUGCCACUGGCAAUCCCGGCAAUCAUAUCCCUGGUCUUGAUUGCAUCGAUCUACAUCAUCCCAGAAUCGCCAAGAUGGCUGGCCAAGAAAGGUUCUUUGGAACAAGCUCGCCAAAGCCUUUCCGCGUUCCGGGGUCAGGGACCUGACAGUUUCGAAGUGUCGAACGAGUUGGCGGCAAUCGAGCUGGCUCUGGAAGAAAUAACGGCUGUCGCGAGGAAACGAGAUUUGUUCAUCAUGGGAGAACACAAGAACUUGUACCGCUUCCUGCUAGCACUCGUCCUCCAGUUCUUCCAGCAAUGGUGUGGCUCCAACCUCAUCAGCUCGUACAGCACGACUAUCUUCGAGGAAGGCCUGGGCAUGGACAGCCAGACGGCACGGAUCUUGUCCGGUGGAUGUCUGACUUGGAAGUUCUUGUCCUCAUUCGUGGCCUUCGCAACCAUCGACCGCUUCGGACGACGAAAGCUCUUCAUGUUCAGCGGCGUCGGCAUGUCGCUCUGCAUGGCCGCCCUCGCCAUUACCAACAGCAUGCCGAAGAGCAACCAUUCGGCCCAGAUUGCGUCGGUCUUCUUCGUUUUCUUCUUCAACUUCUUCGUGCCCAUCGGAUUCCUGGGAUGCAACUACCUCUACGUUACAGAAAUUGCUCCUGCGAGGUUGAGGAUGCCGAUGACUUCGUUCUCGACCGCAAACCAUUGGCUUUGGAACUUCGCCGUUCUCAUGAUCACUCCCGUCGCAAUGGACAGCCUGGGCUAUCAGUACUAUAUCGUUUAUGCCGUUCUCGGCGGCUGCAUACCUUUGCUCGUUUUCUUCUUCUACCCGGAGACGAUGGGCCGAUCGCUCGAACAGAUGGACGAGCUUUUCCAGCAGCACUCUACGAUCCCAGCGAUUGUCAAAGCCUCACUGAAACCACCAGUCAGUGACUUGGAGCAUUUGACUAUCAAGGCCGAGCGCAAGGAGAAAGAGCUCCAGAUCGAGGAGAAGGCGUAA